UCCACUAAAAACGGUGAAAUUGGACACCUAGCAUUUUUCGUUACUUCUUCAGCCGGUAAUUUCUCUCCACCCCUCAUCUUUCUUGCUCCCUGUGUGUCCUUACCGAAAAGCCGUGAAAUUCCUGAAGGUUUAUGCUUUUGUUAUUAUUGUUUUGGCACACAAAUCAGUGUAUUUUCUCGGCUACUAAAAACCGUUAUAACUUUUAGGAAGUUUCUAACGUAACUGCGCCACUUGUAACAAACGUUCAUUUCAAUCAUAGCCACGUUGGAUAGUCUUGCAGUUCAACGCCCUACUCCGGUUAAAGUGAGAAAGAAAUCCAGAAUUAAGGAACCGGGGAAUAAAAAUAAGGGUGGAAAGUAAGGAGGGAGAGAAGGAAGGAGAAUAAAGGGAAACUAGCAAGAUUUUUUGCUCAAGAGAAGAGAUAGAAAGUUAUGUGGGCACAAUCAUCGUCUCCCCCGGUUUGACAGCGCAAGACGUUUCUACUCCUGGGGGAAUUUGGCAGGGGCAUAGCCAUGGGUGGGCUUGUAGCAUCAUACCCAAGAAGACCCGAGGCUGUAAUCGCUGCCAAAGAUGUUUCAACAAAGUAAACCGCCCCCUUCUCCCCAUAGCAGUGUGAAAUCUCUCUCCUACUGACACGAGAUGGAGGGAGUGAAGGAGAGAGAGAGGGAGCGGGGAGAGGAGAAAGAGAGCGACGAGACGGAGGAAGAGGAGAAAGAGAGCGACGAGGCUGAAGAGGAAGAUGAUGAAGAGGAGGAGGAUGAAGAUGCAGAGGGAGCAGCGUUGGUGUGGCAGGAGGGCUCGUACGGAGAGGAUGACAUGGGCCUACCCAUAAUGCACUGGGAGGCACUGAGCCUGCGCAUCGCCGAGCUAGAGAAACAGGAAGAGGAAAAGAGAGAGAAGACAAAGUCUUCCAGUGUCCUGGAACGAGGGAAGAUGCUGUCCAUGAGCCGGCCAGGAGAGAGAGAUGGAGGGAAGAGUAAAGAGAGCUGGGAGGACGGAGGAGAGGCGGAGGACUGCAAUAGCCGCGUGACAGCCCUGACCGCUCGUCUUUCAAAUCAGAUGAACCUCCAGCUGUGCUUCAUCAAUGACAGCGGGAGCGAAGAAGAGGAGGAGGAUUCUGCAGUAACGAUUUGCACAAAGAAUCCCAAAAUGGCGGUAAAGAAUGGUUCCAACGGUUCCAACGUGCAGGUGUCCCAGCAGCCCCAGUCCCCGGCUGCAGCCAAAAGCAAAUCAUCAGGCUUCAAGGCUGCGCUGAGUGCACUCAAAAACAAGCUGAGAACAGAGCAGAAACAGGAGAGCCUAGCGUGUGGUGAUCCACUGUUGAAGAAUAGAAAACGAGACCGUAGUGACCUGCAGGCCUUCAGUCUCAAAGAUCUCAACACUCACAUAAACACUCUCAAUAAGGCAAUACAAGACCUGAGCACUGAGCUGGUGGUUCACCUCCAGGCUCGAGACCAGCUGAGGACGAAACAGGACGCCAUGCUGCUGGAGGUACAGGAUAUGACAUCACUCUGACCCAGUCCCAGGCAAGACGGGGGACAGUUUGUGCCGUGGAUUUUGUACUAGAAAUUCCUCCCCAGGGUUCUAUCUCUAUGAGGAGGCCCAUCACCAUAGAAUCCUUGUAAUCAUUCUAAUUCUAUGGUGAGUCGUCAUCACAUAAAAUAGAAUCCUGGUGUCUGUGAUGUCACAAUGAAUCGAUGACGGAUUAGACACCGCUUCUUCAAACGAAAGGAUGAGUCAAAUCACUGUGAAGAGACUGCAUCACUCCUAAAGACUUUUGAAUUGAAUUGCACAGCGUUUUGUUUUUCUUUUUAUACCCAUUGAGCAAAACUGGUUGAAAUGACGUCAUUACACCCAGUUUUACAUUCAUUAUGACAUCACGUCAACCAGUUUUGUUUGCCCUCUGUGUUUUUUUGUUGUUGUGGGAAAUCAAAUGUGUCUGUCUGGACUGUUAAUGUUUUAGUGUUUUAGGGGGAAAUAACUGGAAAAUUAUAAGGGAUUAAUAAACUACCAUUGCUUCCAAUGGAGUGAUCAA